GUCUGACGGCAGCAGAGGACUAUAGUCGUUAGCAGUUACUGUCGCAAAAUAAGGGCCGGGUUUUCAAUGGCCAUUGAACCUUGUACCCAGCAGGAGGUUUGCAGCCCGCACGCUCACCUGCUGGUGUUUCAGGAAAUGAAGCUUAGGUCUAUGAUACACUUGAGUGGGAGCGAUCACAAGGUUUAAUAAAAAAAUGGACAUUGAGUUGUGCAUCUGGCUAAUACUGUGUGCAACUGGAGUGACGGGACAGUUCCAAGUGGAGCCUCUUGAUUCCACAGUUCUGAAAGGCUCGGAUGCACGAUUCAACGCCACUGUGCUGGGGAAAUGGGAGGUCAUGACUUGGAAUGUGCGAGGUUUUCUGGUCCUCACCGUUCCCAGAAGCGGUAACAUAUCCUCGUCCUCGGAACAGUUUUCUGCCUCCUUCUGUUCCGCUGACGACGCCAGCUGUGUGGCUUUCACCAUCCGCAACACUUCCCGUAUGGAGGCUGGCCCGGUCAUCUGCACUGUACAGGGAGACUAUGGAUCAAAGUCAGCACUGCUACAUGUUGAAGAGAGCGGCACAAUCCAGAUCAAGGAAGGUGAUAUGAAGGUGGUCCAAGAUGAGGAGGUGGAGUUCAACUGUGUGACCUCAGCUUGGUUUCCUAGCCCUGUGGUCAGCUGGAACCUGAAUGGUGACACUGUGGAUAGCAGCCAUUACAACAGUACUCAUGCGGCUCAUGGAGAUUCCUUCAACUCCUCCAGUGUCCUGAAGUUUCAUGCUGUCAAAAAUUCGAUGGUGGAGUGUUUGGCGAUGCUGCAAACGCUAUCAAACCCGCUAUCCACCUCGGUCCACUUUGUGGUCGUGCCCAGGCCUCCAGACUGGACCGUCCUGAUAGCUGUGGUUUGCUCCUUUGGAAGUUUUGCUCUGGUAGUUUUACUCAUCCUUGGGAUAAUCUUUUGCUACAAACGCAAGAAAGAAAAAGAACCCAACUACCAAGACGAAAUGACUAAAAGAGUGAGGACACAGAGCCAGUCGAGUGGACUGAGACCACCUGGACACAAACAAGGUCGAGUCAAUGCAGAUUAUGUGACAGAUGGUCAAACAAGUAUCGCUCCAAAUGACCUGACAGAAUCCAAUUCUUUUGAGAUGCCUGAUGCAGUUUAUUAUCACCAAACAGAAAAUGACUACAAAACUGCCAACAACAAUGCCGAUGAAGGCUUGAGAAAACAUAGACAUGCCACUACUGUUUAAGAAGACCUCACACCUUGGACCCCUGAGACCCCUGAGUUUGGGCUGUUGAAAGAGGAGCCUUCGGGAGGCUUUCAUAAUACUCUCACUAAUAUACUGUAUGUAUUUGGGAAGUCAAAAUUACAUUAUUUUUGUAUUUACUUUUGAAAUAAUAUUAUCAUUAUCAUUGCAUUAGAUCAGGUGUGUCAAACUCAUUUUUGUCACGGGCCACAUUGUAGUCACGGUUUCCCUCAGAGGGCCGUUGACUGUGAAAUAACUGUUUAGUCACCUCAUAAUACUAUUACAUACACACAACAAAUUGAUGGAUACUUAGUUUUGAAAUCGAAAGUCAAGGGUAAUAGUUAGUUCAACUUAGUUACUGUAAACAGUAACAGUAACUUGCAAUAGCUCAACAAUACUAUUUAUUAUAUAUGAGAAUUUGAGCAAGAAUCACAUGGGAGUUGAGACAGAUGAUUUGCUUUCGCAGGCCACAUAAAAUGAGUUGUCGGGCCAGAUUUGGCCCCCGGGCCUUGAGUUGGACACCUGUGCAUUAGAUAAUAAAACGGUGCAUAUUUGUACUUGUA